GGAGCCUAGGAGGGAGGUAGUCAGAAGGGGAGAGGAUGUCUCAUCUACAUGAAGGUGUGGGCGUGUGUGUGAGGUAGUGUGCGUGACUGAUUCCAUAACAUCGUGGAGGGGGAAGUAUGAAAACUGGGAUGUUUUGCUCAAAAACCAGGACUCUGAAAUUAACCUGUGCAACAGCCACACCGCCUGGAGGAAGGGACACCAACAGCAUCAUCUGUAGAGGUAUAUUCAAUUCUGCUUUUCCCUUUAGGACUGCAUUACAAGUGUUAAGUGAUCGUUAUAACAAUGGCUGAUUCAGAAGUAGUGUCACCAGACAAGACUAAAGAAAAAAAAAAGAAGAAAGUAGGGUCCACCAAGGAAAAAGAGCCCAGAAAGAAAUCAGGAGCAGAAUCAGAGCUGCAAUCAGAUGCAAAACCCUUGACAGACACGGAACCACCAAAAGCGACAGAAGGAGGUAGUGCAAAUGCUGUACCAGGGGCUCCAGAAGAAUCUGCAGCAGCCUCAGACAGCAACAGGAAGAGCAAAAAAACCAAAAGUGCUUCUAAAUCUGAUGAAGCACCUGCACCUACCAAUGCAUCUGGUGAAGGCAGGAAAGCAUCUGUAAUAGAAGGUACAGCUCGAAAGGCUUCCACUGCAGAAGAGUCUUCCACACCUGGUGCAGGGACUAGUCGAAAAGCAUCUGCUGUGGCACCACCUGCAGAAGAGAGUACAACCUCUGAAUCAGCUGACAAGGAAAGUGAGGACCAUUUGAGAAAACUAGAUCCAAAUGAAUUACCACCACCCAUUGAAGGCACGUAUGUUGUUCCUCCAGCUGCUACGAAAAAAGAUAUCGACCUCUUACAGGAUUUGGAUGAAAAUAAGUUGAUGGAACUAAAAGAGGCAUUUGAAUUAUUCGACUAUAAUCAAGACGGUUUCAUUGAUUAUAAAGAUCUGAAGUUAACAUACCAAACACUUGGUUAUCCUGAUGUCCCAGAUGAUGAUAUUGCAAAUAUGCUGGCAGAGGCAAUUAGUCCUCUUGACUUUGAUGCAUUUGUGAUUCUCUUGGGAUACAAAACUAUUGAAAUGGAUCCAGAAGCUGUAUUAACAGAGGCCCUGGCUUGUUGGGAUUAUGACAAUUCUGGUCUUAUAUCAGAAGACAGAAUUAAACAUGAUUUGGUGACAUGGGGUGAUAAGUUCACACCAGAAGAGGCUGAGCAGGCUCUGGAAGAUGCACCAAUUUAUGUUAGCAAGAAAGGAGUGACAAUGAUUGAUUACAUGAAGUUUAGUAACACUUUAUGUGGACUUCGGAAGAAAGCAAAGAUGGCACCAGAUGGCUUAAAUGACGAUUUGGAGUUUCCUGUAUGGGGACUUUUACCUAAGAAGGAGACCGGUGUUACUUCAUUUUUGAAUAAAUAUCCGGAAUAUGAUGGAAGAGGAAUUGUUAUUGCAAUUUUCGAUUCAGGAGUUGACCCAGGUGCUCCAGGAUUACAGAUUACGAGUGAAGGUAAACCAAAAGUCAUAGACCGUUUCGACUGCAGUGGUGCUGGAGAUGUUGAUACUUCCACUGUUGUUGAAGCUAAAGAUGGGAUAAUACAAGGUCUUUCUGGUCGGAAACUGAGGAUUCCACCUACUUGGCAAAAUCCUAGUGGAAGUUAUCACAUUGGUAUAAAAAAUGGAUUUGACCUGUAUCCCUCAAAAUUGAAGGAGCGAAUUGAGAAAGAACGGAAGGAAAAGUUGUGGGAUCCAGGACACAAAAGAGCAUUGGCUGAAGCCACUCGCAAAUUACAGGAAUUUGAAGCAAAAAUAUCCUCUCCUUUGUCUAAUGAAGAUAAACUCAUUAAAGAAGAUUUGGAAGCCCAGGUGGAUGUUUUAAAUACCAUGGAAAAAAAGUAUUUUGAUGUGGGACCAGCUUAUGAUUGUGUGGUCUUUCACGAUGGUCAUAUGUGGAAAGCAUGUGUAGAUACAUCUGAAAAAGGUGACUUGGCAAAUUGUCGUGUUUUGGGUGAAUAUAGCAAAACGCAAGAUUUUACUGUUUUGACAAAGUCUGAUCAGCUCAGCUACAGUAUUAAUGUAUAUAAUGAUGGAAAUACGUUGGAGAUUGUGAGCAUGUGCUCAAGUCAUGGUACCCAUGUUGCAUCAAUUGCAGCUGCGUACUUUCCAGAUUGUCCAGAGAAGAAUGGUGCAGCUCCUGGUGCUCAAAUUGUUUCACUAACAAUUGGAGAUAAUCGGUUAGGAUCAAUGGAAACUGGAACAGCACUUGUACGUGCAAUGAUAAAAAUAAUGGAACGGAGUGGCCCAAAUAAAAUUCAUGUAAUUAAUAUGAGUUAUGGAGAACAUGCUCACUUUUCUUCUUCGGGACGAAUUGGAACUUUAAUGAAUGAAGUUAUUGAUAAACAUGGUGUGGUUUGGGUAGGAUCUGCUGGAAAUCAUGGGCCAGCAUUAUGUACCAUUGGAACUCCUCCAGAUAUAAGUACAAAUAGUAUUAUUGGUGUUGGUGCUUAUGUAUCUCCAGAUAUGAUGAUUGCUGAGUAUUCUCUGAGACAAAAGUUACCAGGAAUGCCAUAUACAUGGACAUCUCGUGGCCCUACAAUUGAUGGAGAUUUUGGAGUCACUGUCUGUGCUCCAGGAGGUGCAAUUACAUCAGUUCCAAAUUUUACUUUGAGAAACAGUCAACUAAUGAAUGGUACAAGCAUGGCUGCUCCACAUGUAUGUGGUGCUAUAGCAUUAUUGUUGUCUGGAUUGGAAAAGCAGCAUUUAAAAUAUUCACCAUAUAGUGUGAAGAGGGCUUUAGAGAAUACAGCUUUAUAUUUGGAUUCCAUUGAUUGCUUUGCACAAGGCCAUGGUCUUCUUCAGGUGGAGAAGGCAUUCGAACAUCUGACUCAGUAUCACAAUCAACCAGAACGAGAUGUCAGGUUACAUGUUUCUUGUGGAGUUAGCAAUAGCAAAGGAAUCCAUUUACGUGGAGGUUUACAGGAUCGACCCAAAGAUUACACUGUGAAUGUAGAACCAUUCUUUGCAGAUGCAGAUAACAUGGAUGCCAGUAAGAAGAUUGAUUUUGGAAUGAAAUUGGUGCUAUCAUGUAAUGAAUCAUGGGUUCAAUAUCCUUCUCACUUAGAUUUAAUGAAUAUGGCUAGAAUUUUUACAGUUCGUGUAGAUCCUACUGGUCUACCUCAUGGUGUCCAUUUUACCAGCAUUAAAGCAUUUGACGUUGGAUGUGUUACGAAAGGCCCAGUUUUUCAGGUGCCUAUCACUGUUGUGCGGCCAGUGGAAAUUCCUCGGGACAAAUUUGUUCCAGAAUUAACAUUUCCAGAUGUUCUUUUCAAACCAAACACUAUAAAUCGCCACUUUAUUCUUGUGCCAGAUGAUGCUACAUGGGCAGUGUUGCGCCUUCAUUGCAAAGAUAAGGACAAAUCAGGGCGCUUUGUUCUACAUACGUUGCAACUGCGACCAAAGAUGGUAUGCAAGACAGUGGAGUGCCAUAAAAUGUUGAAUGUCACAGCACAAGCUGAUGUCGUUCAAGGCUUUUCUGUGAAAGGAGGACUAGUUUUGGAAAUGGUUGUGGCAAAAUAUUGGGCAAAUAUAGGAGAAGUUGUCGUAGAUUACACGUUGGCUUUUCAUGGUGUUCGGCCUGAGGGUUCUUCUGUUACCAUGCAAGGUGCCGAUGGCAUUAUGUCAAUAGAGUUACGAAGCGGGUUGAGAUGUGAAGAGAUAGCACCAGUAAUUACUUUGAAGAACACUGUUCAAGUACUUAGACCAUCUGAUUCAAAAAUAAGCCCAUUGACUUCAAGAGAUGUAAUACCACCAGCUCGUCAGAUUUAUGAAUUGCAGCUCACAUACAAUUUUCACAUUGCCAAAUCCACUGAUGUUACACCGAUGAACCCAUGGUUGAGUGAUUUGCUCUAUGAAUCAGAGUAUGAAUCCCAGCUAUGGAUGUUAUUUGAUGCUAAUAAACAAUUAAUUGCUUCUGGUGAUGCUUAUCCUUGCAAGUAUGUUGUUAAAUUGGAUAAAGGUGAUUAUGUUAUCAAAAUGCAUGUUCGUCAUGAAAAAAAGGAGCUUCUUGACAAAUUGACAGACCAACCGAUGCUGUUGUCUCAGAAACUCCCAAACUCACUGUCUCUAGAUGUCUAUGCUAGUCAGACACAAGCCACAACUGGAGGAAAGAAGAUGGUGGGGGCCACGUUGCCUCCAGGACACAUUUUACCUUUCUAUAUUGCACCUCUUGCCAACGACAAGAUAGGAAAAGGAAUUUCGGUUGGUCAGUUUUUAUCUGGCACUAUCACUUAUGCUAAAGACGAGAUUGGGAAGAAAGUGGAUACAUAUCCUUUCAAGUAUGUUAUUCCAGAGCCUCCUAAAAGAACUAAUAAAAGUCCAGAAUCCAAAGACAAAGAAAAAACAAAGUGGGAUGAAUAUAAUGAAGCUGUUAGAGAUCUCAAAACUUCAUGGCUUGCCAAAUUGGAGGCGGGUGACCAAGCCACAGCUUUGUAUGAAGAACUUUCAACAGCUUAUCCUGACCAUUUACCUGCACACACAGCAAUGUUACAGUGUUUGGAUUCUAGUGAGCACAAAACAAACCUACCACUGCUUGAAAUGGUAGAAGAUAUGGAUUCAGCAUUGGCAAAAACAUACAAUAAGAUCAUAAGUGUUGCAGAUACUGUAAUAAAUUCCGUUAAUCAGACUGUUCUUCUCGCCUACUUUGGCAUUAAAAGUGACAAUCGACCUGAUGCUGCAAAGAUAAGGAGUUCCAUGGAACGACAAAAACAAGCAUUAGUUGAAGCAUUAGCCAAGAAAGGUUGUGCACUCUGCCGCAUAUAUAAUAAAAAAGAAAGUGGUGAUGGCCCGAAAGCUUUAGAAAGUAUUGAUAUGGUAUGGAGAGAAGUCUUAAAAUUUGUAGAUGCCACUGACAGUAAAGCAAUAUACUUCUCGAUGUGGCAUGCUACUUUAAAUCGGCAUUAUGGACGUGCACUCAAAAUGCUUUUGAAACUUGGUGAAGACAAACCGAGUAAGGAACUGGAUGAAAAGAUUACAGAGAUUGCUCGGAAGUUGGGUUGGACACAUUGGGUCUAUUACUUUGAAAGUGCACUGCCUGUUCGUUUCCCUCCUUCAUACCGGCCUUUCUGAUGAUAUGGUAAUUUAUUGUAGGAAUAAUUGAAAAAAAUCAUUUUCUACCUCUUAACCCAGAGGAUCUGCAGAGACAGUGUGCAAACGCGUACAGAAUUCCCAUAAGUCAUGUGAAAAAUUGAAUUUUAUAAAUGUCUUAAAAAUAUUGAUAUCCAUAAAACUUGUAUUAUGAAUGUUGUUUUUUUCUCCGCAAUUUGUAGUCUAAGACUACAAUUCCUCCUUAUAAUAAAGUACUCUUGUUGAGUUAAAGAACUUUUGUAAUUCACAGUUUUCAGGUACUUGCAACUAAAGUAAACAUGCUAAAAUUACAAGGUCUUCUCUCCUGUACACUUUUUCCAAAACUGGGAUUUGAUGGAAAAUAUCAAACUGGUUUCCAAAAGCAUUUCUAGUUCUGUUAGUAUUGUUUGAGAGAGAAGAGUUUGUUAUUUUAACUGUAAAUGUAAUAUUAUUGGUGAAAAGCGAGACCCACUUCUAAUUGAAUAACCUUAAUCUUCCUACAUAUACACACUGUAGAACAAAAAAAGGCAGACUUUCUCAUACUUCUUAACUAAUUUCUUUGGUCUAGGAUAGCUAUCUGCUCUUGCUCUAUCCUCUUGUCAUUGCCAUCUAUUGAUGCCCCAAAUUAUUUCUUUUGAAAUUUUUUGUUUUCCAGUUUUCUAAUAAAAUAUUACUUUUAGAUUAUAAAAGAAG